AGGAGCAUUAGAAGGGCUUGGCAAAAAAGGGGUCGCGAAAAAGAUGGCGAUGGAGGUAGCAGCCGCCGCCGCAGCCACAAGGUUGAUCUGAGGGGAGAAGGAGAAGACGCGCGCUCGCUCCGCUAAAAGGCUGCUUCUGAUGGUCAAGGCUACCAGCGUGCGCGGAAGGGUGGGGAGAUCCGCGAGCUGCUGUCCCGGCGGUGGCCAGAAGGGGACAGACAGACGGAAGGGCUGCGAAGGUGGCUUAGGCUGGGGCGGCGUAGCAACAGUAGCGGCUCCCGGAGCAGCGGAGCAGUCUUGAUCAGGUAGAGAGCGAGCUCCGGUGGUCUCGGCGUCUCGGCGAAAGGGCUGAGGGAAGUGCCUCCAUGUCGGACAACCAAAGCUGGCAUUCCUCCGGCUCCGAAGAGGAUCCCGAGACCGAGUCGGGGGCGCCUGUUGAGCUCUGUGGAGUCCUCAGUAAGUGGACCAACUACAUCCAUGGGUGGCAGGACCGCUGGGUGGUAUUGAAAAACAACACUCUAAGUUACUACAAAUCUGAAGAUGAAACAGAAUAUGGCUGCAGGGGCUCAAUCUGUCUGAGUAAAGCUGUCAUUACACCUCAUGAAUUUGAUGAAUGCAGAUUUGAUAUUAGUGUAAAUGAUAGUGUUUGGUAUCUGCGGGCUCAGGAUCCAGAUCAUAGGCAGCAAUGGAUAGAUGCAAUUGAACAGCACAAGGUAUGGAUUGUUUUUCUUUCCAAUUAAUAGUUUAUGGUAAU